GUCGCCUGUCCUCCCAGGAGACCCCUUAGCACCCUGGCCUUGGAAUGGCUGGAUCAGGUUCCUGCACUGAUUCACCCAGAUAAAUACUGUGGAAAGCCAGCUCUCCGAUGCCAGGGCUGAGAUGAGCGCCAUCUUGCGAAGUCCUCAGGCUCUCCAACUCACACUAGCCCUGAUCAAGCCUGAUGCAGUUGCCCACCCACUGAUCCUGGAGGCUGUUCAUCAGCAGAUUCUGAGCAACAAGUUCCUCAUUGUACGAAUGAGAGAACUGCAGUGGAAGCCUGAGGACUGCAGGAAGUUUUACCGAGAGCAUGAAGGGCGUUUUUUCUAUCAGCGGUUGGUGGAAUUCAUGACAAGUGGGCCAAUCCGAGCCUACAUCCUUGCCCACAAAGAUGCCAUCCAACUUUGGAGGACACUGAUGGGACCCACCAGAGUAUUUCAAGCACGCCAUAUAGCCCCAGAUUCAAUUCGUGGGAGUUUGGGCCUCACUGACACCCGAAAUACCACCCAUGGCUCAGACUCUGUGGUUUCCGCCAGCAGAGAGAUUGCAGCCUUCUUCCCUGACUUCAGUGAACAGCGCUGGUAUGAGGAGGAAGAACCCCAGCUACGCUGUGGUCCUGUGCACUACAGUCCAGAGGAAGGCAUCCACUGUGCAGCUGAAACAGGGGGGCCCAAACCAGCCUAGUAAAGUCCUGUCAGUCCCUGAGAAGGUGGGCUGAAGGCACUGUCCCUGUUGGACCUCACCUCCUGCUGGAAGGUCUAGCCACCCACAGCUCAGCUGCUGCAGUCCACCUCUAUCUACCUCUUCUGUGGAGUAUUCAUGGGUGUUCAGGAAGGAUGGUGACGCCUCUUUUUACAAAGGACUGUCCUCCUUCCUCCAGAAAGAGCAGCCUGUUGACUAGUCAGGAAAAUGCAGUGCCUGUGUAACCAGCAUCUGACCUGGCUUCCUUAGUAAACUCUUUGCUACCGAAUGCUCCAGGCUGGCAGUAUUCCUGUACAGGCUUUCUCUCUGUCCUUCAUGGGAGUCCUUGCAUCUACCCUGAAGCCAGGUUUCUGAUCUGUGCUCAAGAGAGACUCCUGUAAGACUCUCUCAGUGAGUUGGUUAUGUAGCACAUAAACACAAUCACUCACCAAGUUCAGUGUGGAUUUAAAUCAUGUUGUGGACCUCAGCACAGGGCUGUGUCCUAGGAAAGUUCAAUGUGGACUCAAACCAUGCUAUGGACCUCAGCACAGGGCUGUGUCCUAGGCAGAAGCACCUCUUUGCUCCAAGGUGCCUCUGUGGCUCUGCCCAGUGAAGGUGUGUUUUAAUGAGGCUGGGUAAUAAGACAGGAUUUCUGAUUUCCACAGAGGUACUAAAGGCAGUUAUACCUCCA